UAAAUAGAGAAAACCCAGAUGACCAAAAUAAAAAACAGUCAUGUCAUUGCAAUGUUCUCUCCUCCUUGGCCUCCUACUAGUUGCGGGUUCUACAGUUACAAGUAGUAGCACGCAGAACAUACCUUCUCAAUAUGAAACUGCUUCCCUCAAUCGCACCAGUUUUCCCGCAGGUUUCAUAUUCGGGACAGCUUCAUCAGCUUACCAGUAUGAAGGUGCAGCAAGAGAAGGUGGUAGGGGACCAAGUGUAUGGGAUACCUAUACUCACAGACACCCAGAGAAGAUAAAGGAUGGCAGCAAUGGGGAUGUGGCUGUUGAUUCGUAUCAUCGGUAUAAGGAGGAUGUGAGGAUUAUGAAGGAAAUGGGGUUGGAUGCAUAUCGAUUUUCUAUUUCAUGGUCCAGAUUGUUACCAAAUGGAAAGUUAAGUGGGGGUGUGAACAAGGAAGGAGUCAAAUUCUACAACAACUUCAUCAAUGAACUCCUAGCCAAUGGUCUAAGGCCCUUUGUCACACUCUUCCACUGGGAUCUUCCCCAAACUUUAGAAGAUGAAUAUGGCGGUUUCUUAAGCCCUCACAUUGUGUACCACUUUAGAGAGUAUGCAGGAGUUUGUUAUAAGGAAUUUGGAGACAGGGUAAAACAUUGGAUCACUUUCAAUGAGCCUUUGGCCUAUAGCUUGGCUGGUUAUGCUAGCGGGGCGUUCCCACCUGGCAGGUGUUCGGAAUGGCAACAACUAAAUUGCAGCGCUGGGGAUUCAGGGACAGAGCCAUAUAUAGUUACACACCACCAGCUUCUUGCUCAUGCAGCUGCAGCUGAGCUGUAUAAGGAAAAGUAUCAGGUGUCUCAAAAGGGAACUAUAGGGAUAACAUUGGUGUCCCCGUGGCUUGUGCCAUAUUCCAACGCAAAGCACCACAAGAACGCUGCACUGCGAGCACUUGACUUCUAUUUUGGAUGGUUUAUGGACCCUUUGGUAAAUGGUGAAUAUCCACAUACCAUGCGAUCUAUUGUUGGAGAGCGAUUACCCAAGUUCACAAAAAUUCAAUCUGAGACUCUUAAAGGAUCAUUCGAUUUCAUUGGAAUAAACUACUAUACUUCUUACUACGCAGCUUAUGCGCCAAAAAGUAGCGCUGCAAAUGCUAGCCUCUUGACAGACUCUCACGCUAAUCUUCUACCGGAGCGUAAUGGGAUCCCCAUUGGUCCAAAGGCUGCUUCAGAUUUUAUCCGGAUUUAUCCGAGGGGCAUUCGAGAUCUUCUGCUCUAUAUAAAAACGAAGUAUCAUAAUCCACUUCUUUACAUUACUGAGAAUGGAGUUGAUGAGUUUAAUGAUCCCAAGUUACCCCUCAAGAAGGCCCUUAUUGACAACCAUAGAAUUGACUACCACUAUCGCCAUCUUUAUUACCUUCAACGAGCAAUCAAGGAUGGUGUCAAUGUGAAGGGGUAUUUUGCAUGGUCAUUGUUAGACAACUUUGAAUGGACUUCGGGUUACACUGUUCGGUUCGGCAUCAACUUCGUGGAUUACAAAAAUGGAUUAAAGCGAUACCCCAAGCUCUCAGCUCAUUGGUUUAAUAAAUUCCUAAUCAGAAACUAAAGAAAUGAUGAGGAUGCCAAUUAGGAAGGUCCUAUCCUUAUUAUUUUCUUAAUUUCUAUCUCUAUUUUCUACUUUCCAUUGAUUAGUUCGAACAUUUUGUCCAACUACAUUGAAGAGGGGAUUGAAAGAGGGUAUUUCGAUUCAAACCUGGGGAAAUAUGGUAGCGUAUGUUAUUAAUAAUGAAAAUUUGUUUCAAACAUUUGACAUA